CCCGGCAUGCGUUGCGGUUGAUGACGCAACGCUCCUGCAAACUUGUGCACACUGUCGGAGCUUCGCAGCGCACUUUCUCCAAGUGUACUUUGUUGAGGGCGAGCGUCGGGCUUGGGCCUGUGUCUAUGGUGCUAGUAAUGUGCGUGAACUAGCUUGUAUGGAGCACAGGAGUUUUUUCUGCCGCCUCGGCGGAGCGGAGCUAUAAGUGACACACCUAGCCUUAGCUACCGAGCAUUGUUAUUAUUAGCGUCAGCAUUGAUGCUACCGAUCGUUACUUCAGUGUGUCUGGGCCGGUAAACUAUCGGUAAACAUGACUGACGCAAUUUUACAAGUAGGGCCGGGAGUUUUUAUCAUUGCUGUCGUUUGGAUCGCGGCUCUUGGGUUCGGGAUAAUUCUGCUGAGAGCAGCUGGGUCUGCUAAGUUAGGGGUCAUCCCUGUUUUCAGCCUGGCUCUCACCAUCACUUUGGCUCUGGUGUUCUUCCCUCGCCACCCAGAGAACCCGCCCUCCUUCAGAGUGAUUGAGAUUGUGGACACUUUUUUUAUUGGUCGCUACAUUCUUCUGGCUGUAGCAGGUCUGGUUUUUUUGGUGGCGUUCUUCAUGAUGCUUCCCUUCUACCUUUUGGAGCCUGUGUCAGUCAAGGCCAUGAGGACCUUUUAGACCGCCAGCAUCUGGAUGUUUUGAAGAGAAAACCUAACAAGAGACUUUGUGUUUGAUGCUUUUUAUUUAAUUUUAGAUUGUUUAGAAACUGCAGUAACAUAUCUUAAGCUUAGUUUAUUCGUUCAGUGUAAAUUGAAAAGGAUACCGUGGUUAUCCAGUAAUAAAACACAAUACAUAAA